CUUGGGUCACAGUCAUUAUCUCAGUUUGGUGCCAGUCUAUACGGGCAACAAAGCAAAGAUUUCCAGAUGUUUCAUCAUGAUCAGGGUAGUAUAGGAAUGCAGAAUGUUCCUAGGGGAAUGCCAAAUCCCACACAGCAGUUCCCUGGCAGAACGGUUACAAGUCACCAUGGUAAUAUACCUGGGCAUGUGACACCAACUAGUACUGGGGUGCCAACCAUGCCAUCAGGUCUUCAACAGCAUGCGCCAUCGUCACCGAAUAGGGGAAUACUUUCUGUUGGUCCUACUAUUGGUCCUCGCAGUGGUUUAUUUAACCAGAUGCCAAGCAGUAAUCAAGGCAUUACGAUACCAAACAGAGGCAAUGCAAUGCCAUCAGGUCUAGCAAGUCCAAACAGACAGUCACCAAGUAUACUAGCAAUGCAACAAAAACAACAACAACAGCAACAGAGGCUAGGACUCGGCAC